AUCGUCGAGGGUUCUUCUUUUUGAAAAAACUACAGAACAGUCACGGCGAAGAUAUAAUUUUAACGCAAAAAUCUCAAUGGAAAUUUUAGAAGAAUCUAAAUCUAAAAACUCAAGAAAACCCUGAAGAAAUCUUAAAACAAUAGAAAAUUAAGAAGCGAAGAAAACAUUCAACGCGAAACACAUUCAAUUUAAAUCAUUUAAAAAGUCGCAAGAUCUUAAAACAAUUUAUUAAUUGACAUUUUUUUUCAGUCUCGAAACAAAAGAGACCUGGAGAGAUUUCCGAAGAAACCCUGAAACAGCAGGAAAACCUUGAACAAACGUGUUUCUAACGCGGAAAUCCCGACGCCGAAUUUGACAGCUUGCAUGUCGCGCGGUGCAUCUGGCUGCGUUUGUUUUCAAACAAAGAGAGGGAGAGUGGAUACACACACACAUACAGAGUAGUCAGCUGUUUGAGACGCUUCCCCGAUGGCGGGGGAAGUGGCGAAGGCUUAAAUAGCACCGCGAACACUUGUGCAGGCAGUGUUGAACGGAGUCACCUGAAACGGGCCUCGGUCGCCGUGACAGUCUUCAGGUACUCCAAGGACCGAGGACUUGUAAAGUCCUAAAGUUGCGCAGGAAGUCGGCCGGACCUGCGUCCCGCUGAAGUUCACUCGCGAAAACGAGGAUCCCUUGAGAGUCACGCUCGAAGUGGACUUUGUUCCGGACUCCAGCAUCCUGAAAUCACACGAAAGCCUGAAGGACGUGAAGAAAUCGAAAAUCUGCGUCUUUUUUUUAUUUGGAUGAUUCUUUGAGGAACGCUCUGGUUAUUCGAGUUAAGUUCGACUUUCGAAAGAAGUUUUCACAAAGAAGAAUACUCCUUGGAAACGUUGGGAUCAGAUCUGCGCGGAUUUUCAUCCUGGCAAAAUUUUCUACGCAGAAGAAAUUGGAUUAACUGAAUUCAAAGUACACCAAAUCUAGAUUUCUAGCCGAAGUCUUUCUAUCUUCAGUACGCGGAGUUACCGGAUACAGUUUAGAGCUUUGCCAGUGACCAAGGGGUGUAAAAUUCAUAAAAAGAAUAACAGCUGUUUAAGCUUGUAUGAUGUUUUUCUAACGAUUAUAAUAGAAAUCGAAUAAGAGAAGUUACUGCCAGAAGUAGUUUCUUGGCGAAUGCGCGAAGAUCGUCGCUGAUUUUCGACAUCACAAACUCGAAAGAUUUACAUUCGCGCGCUUGUCCGCUGUAAGUUGAAAUCCCUUGUAAGAACGAAGUGUUAAAGAACCAUGAGGCCGCCGUAUAACGAAGAAGAGGUGCAGCAGAUCUCGCAGGAGCAAGGCGAGAGGAAUGUCGCGAUGGCAGUUUGCGUGCAACUGGCUGGUCGGGCGAUCAUCAGGGUGGUUUCACGAUGCGAAGAGGCCCAAGAUAACUGCAAUUUAGACUUGUCAGAAUGCCAGCUCAUGCAAAUCCCGGACGCAGUUUACCAUCUGAUGCGGCACACGGAGCUGAAGAGAUGCGACCUCUCCGGCAACGUGAUCACGAAAAUCCCUCCAAAGUUUGCCGUGAAAUUCUCACUAAUCACCGAAUUGAACUUAAGCCACAAUCAGAUGAGCAAGUUGCCCGAGGAGCUGGCCGAGCUGCAAGCUCUGGAACGACUCGAUAUCUCGCACAACACUUUCAUCGCUCUACCAUCUGUCGCCUGGCGGAUACCGCAGCUUAAACGACUUCUCGCCAGCAACAAUUUCAUCAUCGAUAUCGACGUCGAGAGGCUCAGGCACGCGCCCGCUCUGGAAUUCAUCGACCUGCAGGCGAACCCGUUACCGUCAAGAUUGCACGACCUCCUACGCACUCUGACCAGGAUCACGAUCGAGCUUACUCCUCGGCAGAUCGAGGAUUGGGAGGACUUGAACGUUUAAGCCACCUCCCGAGUGAGAGCAGCCCAUUUCGCGACGGGAGACGCGCCGGGGGAGACGAUUCCAUCCCCCGCGUUCUCUCGACGAAGAUUGCUCAAGACUUCGCGAACUAGAAGUAGAAUCGACAUUUUGUACAGUGAUAACGCGAAAUGUGUGAUAACGGGUGCCGCGGAUCGCCAGUCGACACGGCCCGAUUGUAUCUUUUAUAAAUGUCACUAGUGAUUUGUACUUAAUUACUGCGGAUCUGUUACUGAUCUCGUGGAGAUCGACCGAUCCCUCGUUUUUCUUUUAUACCGCGUGGAUUUUUAGAUUUUAUCGCGAUACCAGCCAUGAGCGACGCUGUUUUGUGAUACAUAAAUACUUAAUUCAAUCGAAUUCGAGGAUUCUUAGAUCUCACGAUUUAUGAAAUUUUGAAUAUCAGAACACUUUCAGUAUCGAAUCCUUGAAUUAUAAAGUAUGUGGAUCAUUUGAAUCGUUUGAUUUGGAUUUUUUCGAACCUUCGGGUUUUUAAAUCUGCAUAGUUAAAUGUGCGAUCUCUAAAAUUCAAAAGUCUCGGAUUUACAGAGCUUAAGACUUGAAGAAAUAUUUGCAAAAUAUUAAUCUGUCGUUCAUGAAUACAACUUGUAUCGACUGUAUUUGUAUUGUAAUUUUUGUCCGUCAGUGUCGCGGACAAUUUACACCGCUAUGGACUGCCGAUAUAUAUAUACAUUAUAUAGUGCAAUCUUUUUAAUAUUUAACAUUUUGCACUCGAGUAUCAUGUGAAAAUAUAACAGAGAUGUUACAAUUUUACAUGAUUUAAUGUUACUAUAUAUUUAUAAAAUAUUAAGAAUCAGUGUAAAAAUAAAGAUUCCGUAACUCUUUUGUAAAUUACAUUUUGAGGACGUUUUCACGUUUUACAUGCAUUCGUAAAUCGGAUAUGAAAAGAUUAACGCCUCGCAAAUUGAUGAGUUUCGGAUAAAUGUUAAUUUUUUUCACUUGAGUACAAAGUGUUAAUUAAUAACGAAAAAGUAACGAAUGACAAAAAUAUUAUUAAGUAGCUAUUAACGUCUGGAUAUAGGGUGCUCCGUAAAGAAAUACAGAUUUGCAAGCGUAGGCUUGCAAAUGUCUCCGCGAGACUACACGCGUUCUGCGCGUCGAAUAGUAAUUACAAUUGUAAAUUCGUUUUAUCUUCCUGUGCUUUUGAUCUAGUCAGUCAUUCUUGGACGUACGGAUCUUGAGAUUUACAGAGGUUUACGUAACCGUGUCGAAUCCCGGAUUUACGGACAAUUACGUCCGUGGCAUUUGGAUAAUUUCAUUUGAAGGUCCCUCAGAUUUAAGAAUUAUUAAAAUUUUCUUAAAUUGGAAAAAUAUAAAAAUGUAUAACUGAUAAAUCUGUAAAUCUCUAGUUUCAUACAUCCUCAGAUUCGUAGAAAUUUGAAUGUAGAGACGCGCGAGACGUCGCAAUGCAAACAGCACGAGAAGCACGGGAGCGCAUUUUUUUUUCAAUUAUAUAUUUCGCACCGUUCCUAGUCUAUAUACAUCCUAAUUACAGUGAUUUCUAUAUCGCAAUUUGUACCUUAUUUAUAUGAAUGUUCCCUAGUCUCGCGAGAGCACUUGCGUCACGGGUCAGGAGAGUAGUUGUUGUGGUCCGUAUUUUUAUAAUUUAUUCGCCGAUUGUUCGACGCGUCAGUUGUUAAAAUCUUGCAAGAUAUGUGUCGUAAUUGUAUAUACAAUUUUUGACAGGGGAGUAGAAACUGCGCAAUGCUUUCAAGACAGAUGGACACUUUUACUCGCUUAUAAAUUUACCCACAUUCUGUAUUACGUAAAAUAAAAACUAUCCGAAAGUUAUCGAGCCAAUUUUGAUACGAUGCAUGCGUGUGUCGCGACUGUUAUUAAUAGAGAAACAUAAAUGGUGCACUUAUACAACGUAUUAGUUUCGACGGAUGGAAGGUCGAUGUUCUACCUUUGAGCCACUAAAUGUGUCGUGUACGAACGUAUGUACAGGGUGUGCCGAAAAACGUCCAAAAUAAAAAGAAAAUUGCCAGUUAAAAAAUAAAAUAUCCCAGAACUCA